CAUUUAUACUGUACUGGUAUUGGUAUUUUUUUAUACUGUGCUUAUUAUCUUUUGGCCUAAACAUCUUAGGUCUAAAUUUCUAAUGGCCUAGACAUCAUACAGCCUAAUAGGUUCAUGACUUAAUAUUCCUGAACUCAAUGGCAUUAUCCCAGCAGGAUCUGGUAAGUUGAUCUUUUUUUUCCAGGUGUUGCAAGGUACACGUAGUUCCUUGUACAGAGGAUUAGUGCAAUUAGUAAGAUUGGUUUCCAGUAAAUUAAUAAAAGGAAAGACAGCAUCUCUGUCAUCUCUGAAUUAUAAUACCCUGUACAGGUAGUGUAUCCAUGAAAGACAAUAUACACUGUACAGUACUGUAUCUGAACAGUGUACUAACUCUAUAGGUGUUACAGUAAACUCCCUCAAUACGUAUCAAGUACAGUACCUGUACAGUACCACAAUCGAGUUUAGUGAAAAUGAAAUUAGUGAAAUAACAAAACCAGCGACAUAAUAUGAGGUUGAAAACGUCUUGCAGCUAGCAGUCCCACUGUUUACUACAGCAGACAAUUCAAGUGCUCCAACAUUCAAUGUUCUAUGUCUAAUUAGGUAAAAAUUCAAUGCAAUUUUUUGUUUUAAACUUUUUUUAUAACAGUACAGUACUAUAUUGAGGUUAAUUUUUUAUUUCAUACCACUCAGUUGUAACUUUAUCUGAAAUCUUAUAUCAUUAAUACUGUAACUGACAAUAAAAGGAUCAAAUAAGUUUUAUAUUUGACUUUAAAAUGUAUUUGCAAUACGUCAGUAUGUUAAUGUUUAUAAAGAUAGUGUAGAUAUUAUUCAAGCAGACUUACUACUUUGCCACAGGUACUCCAUGAACCAGAUGUUUGAUGUGGUGUCAGAGGUGGAGCACUAUCACAAAUUUGUACCAUAUUGUAAGAAAUCUCAUGUGACUUCGAGAAGGCCAGGAUUUCUAAAGGCUGAUGUUGUUGUUGGGUUUCCUCCUGUGGUGGAGUCUUAUACUUCCAGUGUUACACUCGCAAGGCCUCAUCUGGUGAGAGCUGUCUGCACUGAAGGCAAAUUAUUUAAUCACCUCUUAACUAUCUGGAAAUUCUCACCUGGAAUUCGUGGUCAGGAGUCAGCAAUGUUGUUUGCAGCAUUCAUGAUGUUAUAUUCUCUCCAGAACCAAUCAUGGAAGAGGGUGCCAGUCAUCCAUGCUUUCUUAUGGAAGCACCAUAUUACAGCAUGACACUUGCACCCUUGAUUUCUCGGUGUCAUUUGAGUUCCGGUCAAUGAUACAUUCUCAAAUGGCCCAUGUGUUCUUCAGUGAAGUAGUGAGAAAAAAUGUAAAUUCCUUUUUAGAUGAGGCUCAGAGGCG